UAAAAAUUAAAUUAGGCCUGGAAUAUAAUGAAAGAAAACAUAAAAAUUACAAAUCAUAGUAAUUAUUUGGCAAUAAUAUAUAUGUUAUACAAUUCAAGAACAUUAGCUUUUACAAGCUAUAAUAAACUAUAUAAAUUUUGUGAAAUUUCAUAAUUCAAUAAUGGAAGUCAAAGGUCAAUCGUUUUCGAGUUAGUUUAUUUAUGUUUUCCAACUUGAGAAAUAACAAAAACAGCAACUGAAGAAAGUAUCUUCAUUCAGGACUUUGGGACAGAGAAGUAUUACAAUGCAAGGCAACUCAAAAAAUAAAUCAAGGUCGUUUUCAAACUCAACAAAUGUCAAAACCUAUGACAGUGCAGCAGCGGUGAUCAAGUUCAGCGGUUCAACCGACUCAAACUCUCGCAUCUCAUCGUCUGAUGAUGAUGAUUUUGAAAAAAUAAAACCAAUAGGCACCGAUCCACCACCAGCUGAGGAGAGUAUUAUUGUGGGAACUCAGAAUGGGAAGACCUUAAAUGCAGAGAAGGGAAGAAGUCAUAACAAGCAUAAAAGCAGAUAUGAGUCAGGUAGAAUUAUGGAUGUACCCACCUUGUUUGUAAAUGAUUCCCCUGAGUCUGUUGAGCAUGCUAGCCCUAGUGUGGUGUCACAAUACACACAAAGAAGAUUUAAUCCUUUUACCAAGUUUCCUUAUAUGGACGAUGGCCAUUUUGGUAACUAUAACACUACUGAUGUACUAACGAAGUCUAACAUCAGCACUCUAGGUCAUCCAUUAAAGGCCCAAUUAGAUGUUAAGGCUAUUGAUGAAAUGAGUGAUUCCAGUGAUACAAACUCCGUCUUUUCACUUGAUGAUUCACAAUUUGCUGACAUCACCGAUGAGGAUCUUGGCCUAUCAGAGGACCAUUUCUCUCGGCCUGAGGGUUUCUUCGGAUACAGUAAGGUAGAGGAGCUAGAACUCGCUAUUGAGAACUGUAAAGAGAUGGUGCGAAAAAGCGAUGAGCACUCUGAACAAAGACGAACACUCGUAAACAAGCUUGUUCAACUUCGAAUGAAGCUACUGGAAGUGAAAUUUCCAGAAGAGGACAGUCCAGAUAUUAAGGUGAUUGUGGGCCAUAGAUUUCGGAGAAAGCACGGCAGAGGUGUCAACCAUCAGUGUGAAAGUUGCAACUCACUGAUAUGGCGAAUGUUACAGUCAUGGUACCGAUGUAUAGAUUGUGGCUUGAACUGCCAUAGUAAAUGCUUGAACCUAAUCAAGCGCGAGUGCGUCAGCAGAAAGCUAUCUGGUGCAAACUACUCAACAGAAAUCUGUCCAGAAAUAGGCUUGUCUGCCCAAAAUUAUCGGUGUGCUGAAUGCAAGACUCCCAUUUCUUUCAAGGAUGCUUCUGAUAUUCGUCAGUGUGAUUACUCAGGGAAGUUUUUUUGCACAGAAUGUCACUGGAAUGAUACGGAGGUGAUCCCAGCUAGAGUGUUGCACAACUGGGACUUCGAACCAAGAAAGGUGUGUCGUCAAUCGAAACAAUUUUUACAGCUGAUGAUGAAGAGGGCGGUGUUGAAGGUAGAUGCAGUCAAUGACAGACUUUUCAACUACGUUGAGGAACUCAGUCAAUUAAGGAAAUUACGGGAAGAAAUUUUGAUAAUGAAGUCCUAUUUUCUUUCCUGUCGGAAUGCUUUGGAGGGCCAACUGCUUUUGCAGCUAAAUGAGAGAAGACAUUUUGUGGAGUCAUUUGAUAUGUACUCUUUAAAAGAUUUGAUUGAUUUGGAACAGAAUUCUCUGCUACAACAAAUUGAGAAAAUUCAUAGUCGUUAUGUUGUUCACAUCAAGAUAGAUUGCCAGCUUUGCCAAGGGAAGGGUUACAUAUGUGAACUCUGUGGAGUUGAUGAGAUCAUCUACCCGUUUGACAUUAUUGCAUCACGUUGCAGGCAAUGUAGAGCAGUCUUUCACAGGGACUGUUUUUACAAGAGAGGAAAUCAAUGUCCCAAGUGCCUACGUCUUUCCAAGCGGCAAACCGUCAUAGGUUUACAAAGGUUGACAUCUCCAACGUGACCAGCUCCUGAAAUUCAAGGUCAUUAGUGGUACCCAGCCCAUAAUGCAUUAGGCAAGGAUGUAGCUGUUAAUAUGAACACUAGAGGGAGUAGUUGCUUAAUCAUCUUAAUAAAAUUCUUAAUGCUACAUAAUGCUAUUGUAGAUACAUUGUAUUUUAUUUACAUGCAUUGUCACCAAGAGAAAUAUGAGACUCCGCCUAAAAUGUCCAGGAAAAUAGUUCCGGUAGAUGCUUUGCCUGAUACCCCACGUUGACACUCCUGAGACUCUUGAUACAAUUAGGCCUAGAAUGGUAUUUACUGUGUUUAUUAAUAGGGGUGCAGUUUUCCCGGACCAGAAUGCUUAAAAAAUAAGAUGGCCACUUUAAUCUUACACUAAAAUUAGUUUGCAAUGGAAGCAAGUAUGGUAGAUUAUCAUAUUUUUUCAUAAUGUGUUGCAGAAACACACCUUUAUUAAAAUUCCAGAGGAAGAUGAUGAUAGUUAUAAUGAUAUAUUAAUUUUGAAAAACAUGUGGUGUUGUAAUAAGGUUUGGGGUUUCAUAUAAAAUGAGGCAAGUUAAGUCCAUGUCUGGUCACACGGCGUGUGUACUUCGCCUAGGUUUAUAUGUGUACUGAAGAAGCAUGGUGCUAGCCAAAUUGGCUGAAAUUAGGCUUAAUCUAGAAAAAAAAACACAUAUGAAAACAUGAACAAGAUUGUAUGAUUGUAUAGUUUUUAUAUACCUUAAUCAAGAAUAUUUUAUACCUUGUUUUUGAAAAAUAAUAAAUUAUUUUUAUCAUGCCCACCACCUUCAUGAUAUCCCUCUCAAUAUCUCAAUACCUUAUCUUACACUCUCAUUGUUUACUAGUCAAUAAAAUUAUGUUGUUAUUUUCUCCUAUACCUAGAUUUGUAUGGUAGAACCAUUUUGCUAAAUAAAUAAUUAAAAUUAUAUUUUUAUGUUCUCAGAAAAUCUUUAAAAAUUAAAGUUUGAUAAACAAGGUAUGGAAUAUAAUGUAAUAAAAACGUAUUAGCCAAUUUACUGAUAUAAUCAGAAUUAAAUUUUACUUCCAUAUGUUCUAGUAUGGAUGCAUUAAUGAUGCCUGAAUAUUUCUACAUGUAUACGUACUAAACAACUUGUGACUUGACUUCCAUAUAAGCUACAGUUACUUGAUAUUUUGUAGCAAUUUAGUAUCUACUCAAGGAAAAUGGGCUGAUGUAAUUAUUUUGUAUUAAUACUACUAGUUACUGAUAUAUGUGAGACUACAUAUAAUAUUUUUACAAUUACUGAGGUUGGUUUAUGACUGGGGCAAAAAAAAAAGUGUUGCUCAAAAAUAUCUAAGAAAUCUGGUGUUGGCUUUCAAUUUUAGCCAAGGCCACUCUUCAAGCUUUAAUUUAUAAAAUUGGUACCGUAACCAUACAUAUUGUAGCCUUUUGGUUGGCAAUAAACUCUAGAACUUUAGAAAGCAGGUUUUCUCAGCCAGUAAACGGGUGGUAACCGCUGUUUGUGUGUGUGUGUGUGGAUGUGGGCUGAACCAUGUCAAUCUUAGAUUCCUGGUUCCAUUCCAAUCACUGCUCUCUUUGUGUUUCUGCUAAAAUACAAGUUAUGAUAACACACUGUCUUUCAAAUGAGAUGGUCCUUGGUCCAUAUACAAAAUUUAUUGCAUUACACUUUACGGAAAGGAUUAGGAAAAUAUUCUCCCAGUGUACUGCCUACAUUACGAACAAGUCUUCGAUGUGUUUGAUACAAAAAAUAUAAUGUCCUAUUCUAAUGAAACUUAUACCUAUUCUGAAAUAGAAAAAUCCAACCAGGUGCGGAUCCAGUGGGGAUUGCCACUAAAUUAAGAAAUUUUGAUGCGUAUCGUGUUAUGUAUUGAAAUAAAAAAAAAUCUGAAUCCGCCCCUGCCAACUGUCAACAGACCUUGAUUUCCAAAUCUCAUCCUUGGGCAACACUCCAAUUUUUUUGGCCUGAACUCAUGCUAUUUUACAACAAAUUGUUUUUUAUCACUUUGAAUGUGCAAUACACAAAUUUUAACAGAAAUUACGAGAUGCCUUCCAAGAUGUGAAUGGUACUUUUUUGUUUUUUAAAAUAUUAAGAAAAAAUAUUAAUAUAUCAUUUUUUAUUCCAAUAAAGUGCCUGAUAGUAAUGAGUAAUAAUUUUAUUCCAUUGUAUCCUCUUAAGGUUAAUU